AUGUUGAGCUCUACUCUUCGUGGCCGUACGGCCAUGAUCAUGAACCGCCAAAUGGCAGGACGGCUUAUGGCAAUCCGUUCUUUCAUUCCUGGUGCCAACGGGGCCCCUGUUCUGUUUUUCCAGAGGGAGCUGUUGCCCGCCAACACCAUUGUCAAGUUUGUUCCCCAGCAGAAUGCCUGGAUUGUCGAACGAAUGGGUAAAUUCCAUCGUAUAUUAGACCCUGGUUUGGCCAUUCUCAUGCCUUUCAUUGAUAAAAUCACCUAUGUCCAAUCCCUCAAGGAAAGUGCCAUCGAAAUUCCGUCGCAAAAUGCUAUCACUCUGGAUAAUGUGUCUCUUGAGCUCGACGGUAUUCUUUACAUUAAAGUGAUUGAUCCGUAUAAGGCUUCAUAUGGCGUUGAGGAUUUCAAGUUUGCUAUCUCCCAACUUGCUCAAACUACUAUGAGAUCUGAAAUCGGCUCUAUGACUUUGGAUCUGGUUCUCAAAGAGAGACAGUCUUUGAACAAUAACAUCAACCAUGUUAUCAAUGAUGCUGCUCGUGAUAAUUGGGGGGUUGAAUGUUUGCGUUAUGAAAUCAGAGAUAUUCAUCCCCCGCAAAAUGUUCUUGAUGCUAUGCAUCGUCAAGUGAGCGCCGAGCGGAGCAAGCGGGCUGAAAUCUUGGAGUCUGAAGGGCAAAGACAAGCCAAAAUCAAUAUCUCAGAAGGUGAGAAGCAGUCAGUCAUUUUGGCUUCGGAGGCUUUGAGAGAGCAACAGAUCAACAGUGCCAAGGGGGAAGCUGAGCAAAUCCUUUUGAAGCUGAAGGCUACUGCUGAAGGUAUUCGCCGGGUUGCCGAUGCUAUCCAAAACUCACCUGGUGGUGAAAAUGCUGUUCAACUUCAAGUGGCUCAAGAAUAUAUCAAGGAGUUCGGCAAGUUGGCUAAAGAAACUAACACCGUGGUCAUCCCUCAAAAUUUGGGUGAUUUGGGCGGAUUGAUGGCUUCUGGGAUGUCUAUUUAUAAGCAAACCAAGGCCAACGAACAGCGUCAAGCUGAGAAAGUUUAA